GAUUAUGUUCUCCAGAAGGGUUUCCAAAUUUCCACACGAGCUUGCGUGACAUGAUUGAGCGGUCGCGUUAGCGAUUAGUGCUCGGCCGGCGGUUCACACUUAGGUGAGUGAGACUCGUGCAUACGAAAAGAGAUAACCAAAUUGCUAACACGGUAUUCAGCACGUUACCUUGGAAACCGCGCGCUGUUUAAAGUUGGUCAACUGCCGUCUGCGCUCAGGCUGCUUAUACUUUGGUAACGGACAGCUAACAGCGACUACUUCGCCACGCUGCGCGCGGCCAUGCCCGCCUGCUGCUCGGACUUGACGCUGUCGGGGCUGCGCUGUGGUCGCUUCAGGGCCCAGGGAGCCAGGGGUUGUGACCGUGCUUACGCGAACACGCAGUCGCUUCCGGGUUGGCUUUGCCUAAGUCAUUCGACGGAAGCCGCACACGCGGGUCAGGCGAAGGUGUCCUUCCGCACCAUGCCCCUUCUCUUCGGCGUCCUGGCGCUGCUGGCAGCGACCUCGACUGUCACAGGUCAAAUGGUUGAGGUCAGCACCUAUCUUGGAAGUGGUGGAUAUGCCACCUACACCAGCACGGUGCCACGUGAUUCAUGCUGCACUGAAUACUGGUCCUUGCAGCUGUCUGAGUUGGAGGUCAACCUGCCUGGCAGUGACGUGAGCGUGCCUAGCUCCUUCAUCAUCCAGGGUUACACCUACGUGUAUGACGCCUGCCAGGAUAUUAGCUUCAAGACGCGCCGCUUCUACUCUGACGCGUCGACCGCAGCAGACCUGGGUAUAACGACAUUUUCAGUACCGCCCAGCGCCCAAAAGAUUCGUGUCGCUGGCGAGGCUACGCUGGGGUGCACUUUCACGAAUGAGACCCGCUGCCCCAACGUAUCCGCUGUGCUGGACAUCAACUGGGCAUGCAACAGCCCAGGGCCCAUCACUGGCAGGUACACCGCUGACCAGCAUUACCCCGGCAACAGACUCCAAACUGUCCAAGUUGGCACGUAUUGCCCGACUGGGUUCCCCAACGUCAUUGCUUUUAAGGACGGCGGCGUGAUUAAGACCGGCACGCAAACCUCCUCCACGUACGGCUACGACGCAAAGCGCACGUCUUCACGCUACAAGGCGCCCGGCAAGAACGCGGGCCGGUAGCGCCGGUGCGGCCCUCGAAUGCCAGGCGCGCAAUAAUGUGCACAGGACUCAUGUCAUGUCAUGUGCUGUGUGGUGCAUAACCACACCGCUGGUUAUGUGUUGCUUGCGUCAGACCAGCUCUAUCCAGGCUCAGAAGGAAUGCUGAACGUAUGGCAUGGCAAUGCACUGCCUAUUAUUGUGGAAGUUGUCUGUCGUUGCGCGACGGCGCUGCUUGCUCAAGCAUGUUGAAUGGGACCCCUAUUGGCCACACGCUUCCUAUCUAACGUCCCCACGCGCAUUUACUCAGUAAAGAAUAGCAGGAAGAGUGACUUUCAUCAUGCUGCAGAGAACGGAUACAUACUUGGACAGGCUACAUGCCGAGUCUGACCAAUGAUAGGCGCAUGUAGCGCAUGCAUCCUUGGCGCCGUUCGUACGUCGUGCGGGGACCGCGCACAGCGUGUAGACAGAGGAGCUGAUAUAUCGCACCCCACAGGCGGCGUGGAGGGUCUGUGAGACCGGACCCUGACUGCACAUGUGUUUUUGAUGAUGGAUGAGGCUUAAUGUGGUUGAGGGGUGGAUCUGCCGGUGUGGGCUUUAUUAUUCGUUGGUGCAGGCAGACGACCAGUGCGUGGCACUCAGCCACCAGCACCAUCCCCAAGAUCCUAAUGGACUGUCAACCACGCUCGGUGGUAGUAAAUAGGCGGCGAGGCGGCCGGCGGACACUGCUGCCGCCCUUGCUUGGGGCUUGUCACCUACCUGCCUGCGGGGUCUGGGGGUUCUGGCUCCUUACUUGGCAGCUGCCAUGCACCUUGGCACGUAGGUGUUCUGGAACGAACAGCACGAACGGUGGUGCACUGCCAAGAAGCUGCCACGUAACAUGGCUUUACGUUUCAUACAUGCUGCGCUCUUUGUUGUUGGCAUGAGGACGGCGCGUGUGACAAGCUAAGUUGGAAGGACUCGACGGGGCUGCAGUGGAAAUGGACCUGGGGUAUGAACGGCUGCGUUUGCUUGAUGCGAGGAUGCCGCUUCGCCUUAUGGGUGCAGCCAGUGCAGCCAUGAAGGAACACAAUGGAUGCUCGCCUGCCGCCAGACGUCGAGGUGCAUUCGGCCAGGCGGAAACUUUCAUUUAUACGUUGCCUGCUGCGAUGCCAACUUAAAACAUAGUAUCAUGUGCCGCCUGCUAGCUACGACACCCUCUUCCGACACCGUGCGCAUUGGUUUUAAAAGCAUCUCCGGUAUCAUGUGAGAAUGGAUGAGAAUUGGAUUACUGGAAGGGAGGGCUGGUGGAGUGCGCGUGAGGGCAUGAGCGCUGCACGCUUCUGCAACAAGCCCUGAAUGUCACAGUUCACGAACAAGUGACACGGAGAAGAUUGACCCAUGCAGAAUGGGGUUGGAUUGGCCCGUGCGGCUGCGUACUGGACUACUGGUCCUUGCGUGUGCGUCCGUGGCACAAUGGCUUGUUGGAUUAGGGCGUGCUUGUUCCUUGUCUGCCAAAGUACGCCUCCUCUAUUAACCACAUCACCAACA